AUAAAUAACAGUGCAGACUCCUGAAAGCCUCAGAUGUCCCUCUGAGACAGUCUCAGCACGUUUGUCCCACUUUUUCGUUGGACAUUGAAGUAUCAUCAGAGACUUUUAUUACUCGGGUGUUGGACGCUCCACAGCAGCUUCACGAUGGAGCUGAAGGACUUCUGCGUGACGGGCUACCUGCUCAGCCCGCAGCGCAUCCUGGACUCCUCUUCUCCCUCCUCCUCCCCCAGAGAUGAACCUCAAUCUCCACCCUCCUUCCUCCACUCCUCCCCCAUUGGUCCCGCCUUUCCUCUGGAAGCCACUCCCACUCUCAGCCCUUCACAUGCAGAAUUCUUCCUCCACAGCCCGGCUUCUUCUUCCUCCUCAUCCUCCUCCUCACCGUACAGUCUCCUGUGCCGAGCAGCGGAGCCCGACUCCCCGACAGGAUGUAGUUCCAGCGGUGGAAGUAGCGUCUUGGUGUCGGAAGCGUCGCUGUGUUUUUCUGUAUCGGACUCGUUUUCAGCGCAGGUCAACUCGAUCCUGAGGGGCGACUACAUGACCUCGAUGGGGGCCGUGGGGCCCAAAAGGCUGUGUCUGGUGUGCGGAGACUUCGCCUCCGGGUAUCACUACGGCGUGGCGUCCUGCGAGGCCUGCAAGGCUUUCUUCAAGAGGACCAUCCAAGGUAACAUCGAGUACAGCUGCCCGGUGAUGAACGAGUGCGAGAUCACGAAGCGGAGGAGGAAAGCCUGUCAGGCCUGCCGCUUCCAGAAAUGUCUGCAGGCCGGGAUGAUGAGGGAGGGUGUCCGUCUGGACCGCGUCAGAGGGGGGCGCCAGAAGUACAAGAGGCGGGUGGAGACGGGACUGAGUUUAUGCAGCAAAGCCCCGUACAGCCACCCGAGCAGCAGCAGGAACAAGGUCAUUUCCCACCUGCUGCUCACAGAGCCCGCCCCUUUAGCUGCCAAUCAGGACGAUUCGACCAAUGACAGCAGCUUGCGGAUCCUGCUGAUCCUGUGUGACCUCCUGAACCGGGAGCUGCUGCUUCUGAUUGGCUGGGCAAAACAGAUUCCAGGCUUCUCCGGACUCUCAUUGGUCGAUCAGAUGUCGCUUCUGCAGAGCGGCUGGAUGGAGGCGCUGCUGGUGGGUGUGGCCUGGCGCUCCCAGGGCGCAGGGGGGGACGAGCUCGUGUUUGCCGGGAAUCUGUGUCUGGACGAAGCUCAGUGUCGAGCCACGGGAUUGGCUGACCUGUACGAGGCGCUGCGUCACCUGAUAGCGAAAUACAGAGCGAUGAAGCUGAGCCCUGAGGAGGUGGUGACCCUGAAGGCCAUGGCACUUGCCAACUCUGACGCUGACCCGGUGGACUGCCCGGACUCGGUGCAGAGGUUUCAGGACGGGCUCCACGAGGCGCUGCAGGACUACGAGUCGUCCCGCCGGGAGCAGCACCGAGCAGGACGGCUGCUCAUGACCCUCCCCCUGCUACGACAGACCGCCGACCGAGCCGUGCAGGCUUUCCUGCGGCUGCACCGCCACCGCCACGUCCCCAUCCACAAACUGCUGCUGGAGAUGCUCGACGCCAAGGCCUGACCGCGUCCUGUCGGCCAUUUAUCGGGGAGACUGUAAAAUGACCCAAUGCACUUGACUUUUAGCUUUCAGAGAAGUUAUAUUUUUGUAUCAUGAUGUUUGUUUUUUGGCAGAAAUGAGCUUCCGUAUUUUUUGUUUAUGGGACCGUUCCUGCUCAGUAAAGCUCAUUUCUGCUCAAAGAUCCAGCGUUACAGCUUUUCAUCAGAAAACAUUAAAGUGGAACCGUUCUACUCAUUUGCAGCGUGGGUUCUGCUAGGGCAGCUUUGCAUGAGUCACAGUUCAGAAUAACCCUUCUUUGUCUGAUACUGGGCCUCUGUCUCAAACAAGCUACUCCCUGUUUAAGGGCUACCGUCCUACUUAAAUGUUUGAACGGCGAGUGGGCGGGGCCUUUAUGUCUGAGAUGACUACAGUAGGGAUAUCCUCUGUGACAUCACAGACCAACAUCAGAAAAAAAAAAAGUUUGAAACAGAGUGUUCGUCUCACUGAAGUCGUUAUUAGAAACUUGGCUCAUGUUUAUUAUGAACAGGAAAGCAGAACAGAGCCACUUUAACCAAUCAGCAAACACUUCUUUAAGCUCCGCCUCCUGUAGGAAAAGGUGGGCAUAUCUAGAGUCAGAUUUAAAUUUAUUUUUAUAAACUAAAAUAUUUUUGUGUGAUAUCCAUUUUUCCACGAUGAUGCGAUCAAACUGCGAUGCUGAGUCGUCGUUUAAAUGGCUGUGGAUGUUUACUGUGUCAGAGCUGUUUGUUAUAACAAUAAAUUAAAGCUUUUGGAAUAAAA